ACAAUGUAAACAUGAGCAAGAAAGUACCGAAGUUUAACUUCACAUAUUUUUUUCGUGUCUGGAUAAUAGUUGUAUCGAUCGUCAACUUUGGAGAUUCUCUACAGUACUUCAAAGACAAUUCUCUUUUAUCAAGGUUUAUAUAUACCCAAACACCACACUACGCUAACCCUGCAUUUGGAAGGAUUUACGGGCUAUUUAACUUUCUUCUGGCAGCUCUGAGGUUUUCCUGUGCCCUGGACAUUCAUAACAAAAGCCUUUACAACCUGACACUGCUAUCAUUUGUUUUAACAUUUGGAAACACAUUUACGGAAGCAGUUGUAUUUAGGACAGCCAGUGCCAAUUUUGCAGUCCUAUGCAAUCUUGUCCUUUCUGGUAUAUCUAUUAUAUCCUUGUUGUUUGGAUUCAGAUUUGUAUGUGAUGAACCAGCAACAGAUCUAGGGUCUGAUACGUUUCUGAAGAAGAAAAGAUCUUAAUUCUUAAUGGAUGAAGGACAUAUAUUGAAUAUUCAUUUAUGAUACAGUAUUUUGAAAAUGUGUAUUGCAUUUAUAAAUAUAAAUACCACUUACAUAAAAUA